GAAGAGGAAGAAGAAGAGGAUGAAGAGGAAGAUGAAGAGGAUGAAGAAGAGGAAGAUGAAGAUGAAGAGGAUGAAGAAGAGGAAGAUGAAGAGGAUGAAGAAGAGGAAGAUGAAGAUGAAGAGGAUGAAGAUGAGGAAGAUGAAGAAGAAAACGAUGAUAACGGAAAUGACGAUGGCGAAGAUAAUGAUGAUAAUGAAAAGGAUGAUAAUGAAAAGGAUGAUAAUGACGAAGAAAAAGAUGAUGAAGAAGAAAAUGAUGAUGACGAAGAAAAUGAUGAUGACGAAAAUGAUGAUAACGAAAAUGAUGAUAACGUAGAAAAUGAUGAUAACGAAAAUGAUGAUAACGUAGAAAAUGAUGAUAACGUAGAAAAUGAUAAUGAUGAAGAAAAUGAUGAUAACGAAAAUGAUGAUAAUGAAAAUGAUGAUAAUGAAGAAAAUGAUGAUAACGAAAAUGAUGAUAAUGAAAUUAAUAGUGAGAAAAAUAAAAAAUCAGCUCGUAAAUCUUUACAUUUAAAAGAAACCCCAAAAGAUGAAAAUGAAGAAGAAAAUUUAGAUGAAGGAGAAAAUGUGGAUAAAGAAAAAAGUGUUGAAAAUAAAAGUGAAAAGAGUGAUAACGAAAGUGUUGCAAGUGAUGCAAGCGAUAUAAAAAAAAACGAUCGUCUAUUCGCUUCUAUGAAUGACUAUAAUUCACCCAAUAAAUUAUUCAGUGAACAAAUGAGUAAGCUGAAUAUUUUUGGAAACAUUAGUAUUGAUAUAGAGAAAUUAAGAAAAAGUCUAAAUAAAAAUAAAGGAAAUAUUGAUGAAAAGAAGGAAGUGAAAAUGACUGAAACGGAGAACGCGUUCGAAAAUGAAGAGAUAUUAUAUUCUGAGAGUAGCAUAAAAAUAAGCAAGUUUAUAAAAAAGAAUGAAAAGUAUGAUUGGUCAGGUUAUUUACCCGUGAAGAUUCAAAUAAUGAAAAAUACAGAAAAUAAAAAAUUUAGAAUUUUAUGUUUUCAAAAGGGUAGUGGAAGAUUGUUUUUAAAUACGGAUAUUUUUGAUGGAUUCAAAAUUAUACCAUCCAAAAAUUUGUCGGCAUUGUUUUCUGGAAGAGAUAUAUGUGAUGAGAAAAAACUCAACCAGUAUAUCGUCACCUUUAUAAGCAGUAGUUCAAGGGAUGAAUUUGUUAAUAAAAUUAAAAAUAUUACAAAGAAGGAUGAAAAUUAA